AGAUCAAACAGAUAAAUUAUUGUGUUAUUGUAGAUUAGCGAUUAGCGUUAAGAUCAAAGUACUAAACUCUAUAUUAAAAAGCAUAUGCAUUUGAUUGUAAUUGUUUUGAUUUGUUUUAAUAUUACGAUAGUGUUCUUUUAAAGUCAAGGAUAUGAAUUUCACAGAUAUUUAAUUUUCUCAAUAAUUUACAAUUUACAUUUUUUUUUGAACGUUAAUAGUUUGAAAAUGGGUAAUCGAUCAUCGUUGCUUUUGCGUAAAGAAGAAAUUGCUCAAAUUAGAAAUGAAACUGGAUUUACUGCAAAUCAAAUAGAACGUCUUUAUAGUAGAUUUACCAGUUUGGAUAGAGGUGACUUGGGCACACUCAGUAGAGAAGAUUUAUUACGCAUACCAGAGUUGGCCAUAAACCCUUUAGGAGAAAGAAUUGUUGAUUUAUUCCACGUAGACUCUGGGAAUAACUGUGAUCGUAUUAAUUUCUUACAAUUCAUGAGAGCGCUGUCUAAAUUCAGACCAAUUCGACCAAAUAAACCCAACAAACAAAACAAUAGAAUGGAAAAAGUGAAAUUUGCUUUUGAUAUGUAUGAUGUUGAUAAUGAUGGUAUGAUAUCAAAAGAUGAGUUAUUGGUUAUUUUACAUAUGAUGGUUGGUGCCAACAUCAGUGAAGAACAGUUGUCUAUAAUUGCUGAUAAGACAAUUUCUGAGGCUGAUGUAGAUGAAGACGGUUUAAUUUCAUUUGAUGAAUUCAGUAAGACAUUUGAAAAGUCUGAUGUUGAACACAAAAUGUCGAUCAGAUUUUUAAACUAAUUGAAAAUUCCUGUAAUUCUGUUCAACGUUCUUUUAAUUUUAUAAAUUGUUCUAGGUACACUCAAUUAGUUUAAAUAUCUAGAGAAAAUUUAUUAUUUCAAUCC